GGGAAUACAACAAGCGGGAGAGCGUUUGCUGCGAGGACCAGCUUCAUCCUGGGGCAGGGCUGUCAAGCUGUGGAAGCCAGGCUUUCUCACCUGAAAACGCCACAUGUUGCAAAGUCCAGGGUGGAAAAGCUAAUAUCACGCAGGGUAUCAGCCAAAAAGUGUCAUCUUGCUGUGAACUGAAGCCGUACAACAGACUUAAUGAAAUAUGCUGUCAGGGAAUGAUCAGCGUCAAACCCAUAGCAAAGGCCGAGUGCUGCGGAACAGAGUCUUUUGAUCCAGACAAGCAGUUGUGCUGUGGUCCAAACAAACGGAUCCUUGAAAGAAGAUCCAUCAAGCACCAGUGCUGUGCAAGUGACCAGUUUGAUCCUGAAACCAAGUGCUGCUGUCCGAUGAAUGGAACUCUUCAUGUCGUACCCUACCAGCCAAACUGCUGUGCAGAGGAGUCAGAUGAAGCUAAUAUCACGCAGGGUAUCAGACAAAAAGUGUCAUCUUACUGUGAACUGAAGCCGUACGACAGACUUAAUGAAAUAUGCUGUCAGGGAACGAUCAGCGUCAAACCCGUAGCAAAGGCUGAGUGCUGCGGAACAGAGUCUUUUGAUCCAGACAAGCAGUUGUGCUGUGGUCCAAACAAACGGAUCCUUGAAAGAAGAUCCAUCAAGCACCAGUGCUGUGCAAGUGACCAGUUUGAUCCUGAAACCAAGUGCUGCUGUCCGAUGAAUGGAACUCUUCAUGUCGUACCCUACCAGCCAAACUGCUGUGCAGAGGAGUCAGAUGAAGCUAAUAUCACGCAGGGUAUCAGCCAAGAAGUGUCAUCUUACUGUGAACUGAAGCCGUACGACAGACUUAAUGAAAUAUGCUGUCAGGGAACGAUCAGCGUCAAACCCGUAGCAAAGGCUGAGUGUUGCGGAACAGAGUCUUUUGAUCCAGACAAGCAGUUGUGCUGUGGUCCAAACAAACGGAUCCUUGAAAGAAGAUCCAUCAAGCACCAGUGCUGUGCAAGUGACCAGUUUGAUCCUGAAACCAAGUGCUGCUGUCCGAUGAAUGGAACUCUUCAUGUCCUACCCUACCAGCCAGACUGCUGUGCAGAGGAGUCAGAUGAAGACUGGAGCGUCGCUGCUGCUAAGGUCUAUGACCCACAUACUGAUAUCUGCUGUGAUGGUGUUCUAUCUGAGAGGAAGCCCUGGAUGGAUAAAGUAAUGUCCCCUUUAGGCUAA